AUGUCCGGGGCAGUGGGCCGUGAGGCGGUCUUCCCGACCCGCCAGUCGCUUGGGCUGAUGAAGAGUAAACUGAAAGGUGCGGAGACUGGUCAUAGUUUGUUGAAGAGAAAGAGUGAAGCUUUGACAAAACGUUUCCGCGAGAUUACACGGCGGAUCGAUGAGGCCAAGCAGAAGAUGGGACGGGUCAUGCAAAUUGCUGCAUUCUCGCUCGCAGAAGUGACAUACGCUGUUGGUGGUGACAUCGGUUACCAGGUCCAAGAGUCCGCGAAACAAGCCCGGUUUCGAGUGCGAACCAAGCAGGAGAACGUUUCUGGUGUCCUUUUACCUCACUUCGAGAGCUAUACAGAAGAUUCGAUCAAUGACUUUGGUCUCACUGGUCUCGGAAAGGGUGGUCAACAAGUGCAGCGGUGUCGCGAGACGUAUGCUCGGGCGGUAGAGACGUUGGUAGAACUCGCAAGUCUCCAGGUACGGACAUCAUCGACGCACUGUAUGCUGCUUGCUGACUGUGUGGAAGACUGCCUUUGUAAUUCUAGACGAAGUCAUCAAGGUUGUCAACCGAAGAGGUACGUUACCAGCCCGCCAAUUGCUCCGUACAUGCUAACUUCUGCCAGUGAAUGCAAUUGA